AUGGAAAUAAUGAAAAAAUAUAAACCAAAACUGACGGCAUUGCUAUAUGUUGAUCCUAUUCCCAUUCUUCAGCUUGCUCAAAGCAAGAGAAUCAUUACAGACAGAGAAUACAACAAGAUUAAAAGCAUUUCAGAUUCUGAAAAGCAGGUCAUUGAGCUGUUGGACACAGUCAUGGGGAAAUCCAGUAAUGUAUCCCAAGACUUUCUGAACAUCCUAAAAGAUGUCCAGGACACCUACCCUCAAUUGUGGUUGCAUUUUGAAGUUGAGCAGUACAAUGACCAGACAGCAAAUGGAAUCCAAUCCACUAUGGAGAGGUAUCGCCAGCAGGACCACAGUAACAGGGACUGCUUCAUCUGCUGCAUCCUCUCCCAUGGAUCAAAGGGAGCUAUUGCCAGCACAGACGGGCGUUUUUUCCCCAUUCAGAAAAUAACCUCUUAUUUUACCGGCCUAAAAUGCCCUACUCUUAUGAAAAAGCCAAAGGUCUUUUUUAUCCAAGCUUGCCAGGGGGUAAAGUGCCAACAGUCUGUAAGAGUGCAGGGAGAUUGCGGAGGUCAUGAACCAGAAGCAGAACUGGAGCCUGAAGAGGAUGCUGGCACCGACACAAUUCCUAAUGAUUCAGACUUCCUCCUCGGCAUGUCUACGCUGGAAAAUUAUGUAUCUUUCAGAAACACCUCCAAAGGCUCCUCGUACAUACAGGCCCUGUGCAAGAAUCUGGAGCUGCUCUGCCCCAGGAAUUGUGAAAUCCUGAGCAUCCUGACCACAGUGAACAGAGAAGUGAGUGAAGAAAGUCAUCCGGGAGCCAAGCAGAUGCCAGAGCCGAGACGAAAAAACUGCUCCAUCUGA